AUGGGUGCUGAUGACAAGGUUCUUGGUUAUGAUGAAGUUUCACUUCAUAACACUUCCAAAGAUUGUUGGGUCAUCAUAAACGCCAAGGCAUAUGAUGUAACAAACUUUUUGGAUGACCAUCCGGGCGGUGGCGAUGUGUUGCUAGAAGCAGCAGGAAAGGAUGCAAGUGAGGAAUUCGAGAAUGCAGGCCAUGGUAGUGCUGCAAGAUUAAUGCUAGAUGAGUAUUUUGUUGGGGAGAUUGAUCCAUCCACCAAGCCUAGUCCCAAGCCUGCUGCUACUGCACACUUGCUUAGUAAAGAGCCUAAAGAUGAUAAUGCAAAAUCAUCUGGACUCCUUGUGAAGCUUCUUCAGUUUCUGCUCAUUUUAGGAUUGGCUGCAGGAAUACAUUUUUUCACAAAGUCAAGUUCAAAAUUUGAGCUUUGA